UUUAUAUUUAAUUGAAUACCCUGUAUUGGGUUCAAUAUUCUGAAUUUUCUGAACGGUGGUUGAAAAGUUGAAAUGAACGUGCAAAUCGGUGAUAUAUCAACCAAGAAAAUUUCCAAAACUAAUAAGGAGCAUAUCCUGCGCGUCACAAACUACAAAUCUGGCGAAAAAGUCACAUACCAAAUAGUAUUACUAAAGGGAUACGUAACAAAUCAAAAUUGUAUAAAAAGCCAACAAAAUAUAAUCGUCCAGCAAGAAUUCUACUCAGUUAGCCCAAAAAACACGUUUAAGGCGCUGGUUAAAUUACAAGAAGGCUCUAAUAUUAUAUCGUUAAAUUACUGCUGUCAAACAAUAAACUUUGAACUUAUAUAUGAAGUGCCAAGAAAUAAAAGACGCUACGUUACUCCACUUUAUGUGGUGUUCCAAGGGCAUGAUGGUUCAUUUCAAACGCCUGCAGGACAACCAAAUAAUCCACCAGUGGCAAUCGAAAAACUACAACUUAACUGCCAACUUAUUCAAACAAUACUCGCUGAAAAACUUUACGAAACACAUCAAAAGCAUCUUACAUUUCAUUUGACUGAACCAAAGAUAUUUAAAAGUGAAAUAAACAUUGAAGAAUCUCAUAAUAUAGACCCAAGUGAAUUAUUUCACAAACUGGCAUGCGAAAUUGAAAAAUCACAAUAUGGAAGUCCAGAUAUCAAACAUAUUGCAUUUCUCUCUGGGAUGCAAUAUCAUGGAGAACUUUAUAAGGAAGGAAUGGAUUAUCAAGAGGUAAUAAAAAUAACACAGCAAUAUAUUGCUUUGGGACGUGGAGGGCUUGCUGUUUUUCAUACUGCAUGUUUAUAUACAUGGCCAGAAAGACUCCAGGAUGUGAUCAAAGCGUUCCUAGAUGAAACACCAAUAAAUAAACAGGAACUAUUGGAUGAUAGUAAUUAUCGUGGGACGUUUGGCACUUGUUAUUCGACAACGCUAGGGUCAGUCCUUCAUGAACUCUGUCAUACAUUUAAUUUAGGACAUGCAGAGGUCGGAAUUAUGAGUCGAGGAUUCGACGAUGUGCGAGAUAUAUUUUUAGUUGAUAGUGUUGAUGCUGUGGAAGCUGACCAAAGAAGAGGAGCGCAUGGGAUUACGGAUUCUACUGCUUUACAUAAAAGUGGCGCACAAAUUUUACGAUAUAACAAGUGGUUCCUUCCUGAUGAACGCGAUUUACCCUUCACAUUAACAUUCGAUUCAUUACACAACGUAGUACAAUCGUCUUGGGGAGUACGGGUUGUAGAAGUUCGAUCAGGCGAUGAAGAAAUCAUGACGCAAAAUUUUAUUUAUUCUGUAGCUAAGAUGAAUCUUCAACUUCAGUUAAGUGAGUUGAAAACCAAAUCAAAGUUAUUCAUACAGGAUUCAAAAGGAAACUGGAUAAGUCAAGACAUAAACUAAAUUUAGAAUCUAUUCGAUUUAUUGUACUAGAACUAAAUUAAGUUAUUGUUGACUAAGCUUAAACUUCUCCUCCAUUUGUUUUCCAUUUUUAUGGAUGGCAACCAGUAGUUUAUCAACAAGCGUUUCAACUGCUGAUUUGGUCAAAACCAAAGUGUCAUGCUUCAACAUGGAGUAGACAUUGAGGCCAUACACUGGCAUGAUAUUCAUGUGCUUGAUGAUAUCUGUAGCAACGGUUAUAUUUCUUGGCAUAAUGUCAACACUAAAAAAUAUACAUUAAUAUAAAUAAUUU